AUGUACAAGAUUAAGGCUGAAGUUCAAACUUUCAAUGGUAAUGUAAACAUUGAAGGGUUUCUUGAUUGGAUCUAUGAGGUGGAGACAUUUUUUGAGAUUAUGAACAUCCCUCCAUAUCGUCGAGUACCAUUGGUGGCAUAUAAAUUGAAAGGAGGUGUUGGAGCUUGGUGGAAUUGUCAUCAAGAAGAUCUUCAUUUGUGGGGCCAAGUGGAGGGGAAUUUUAUUCCAUCUAAAGCAAAGAAAGAUGAAAAGGAGUUAUUGCGUAAGGGACAUGUUAGAAAAAACAUAAGCCCAUGCGUUGUACCAGCACUACUCACUCCAAAGAAAGAUGGAUCUUGGCGGAUGUGCGUGGAUAGUAGUGCUAUCAAUAAAAUCACUACAAGGGAGAAGCUAAGUGAAGCAAGACAAAAGUGGAGUACUUACCAGCAAGAGCUGUAUUCUUUUUAUAGAGCAUUGAAGACAUGGGAGGUUUAUUUAAUUCCUAAAGAGUUCAUUGUCUACACUGAUCAUCAAUCUAUGAAACAUUUUAGAAGUCAAAAGCAUGUGGAUCACAUGUUAGCAAGAUGGGCAGCAUACCUGAAGAGAUUCAAUUAUCUUAUUGUCCACAAGUUCAGAGUAACUUAUCAAGUGGCAGAUAUUUUAAGCCGAUGUGCAAGUCUCAGGGUUUCUUUUGAAGCUGAGUUACCAGGAGUAGACCAAAUAAAGGAACUAUAUGAAAAUAAUGAAGACUUCGGGUGA